CUUCCUCAAACAGGAUGGAAGAUUCAGUUGUCAGACUGCUUCUCGUGGGAGAUGAAAAAUGCGGCAAAACAACGUUUCUCUCGAGAGUGAAGGCUGGAGACGAGAUCAAUCCGAUACCGCUCCUGCGUGACAUUGACCAGCCAUACACAUUUACAGUGAACAUGUCAUCAAACAGAUAUCGUUUUGAGUUUUACGACACUUCCAGCCCGGAAAACUGGCGGCUGCUGGAUCCGGAUGUCAUCAUCAUCUGCUACGAUAUCAGCCAGCGCCUGAGCCUCAUCAACAUGAAACGAUAUUGGAUCAACGAAGUCAAGCAAGCCUUUUCGCGCAGAGAUUUCUUGCCAGUGGUAAUAAUGGGGCUGAAGAGAGACUUGCGGUCUGAAGAUGACCCAAAUGGCAUUAUAUAUCCGCAAGACGCCUAUCGGAUGGCCCAGGAGAUGAGGGCAGAUCGUUAUGUCGAAUGCUCGGCCGUAACGGGAGAGUUGAUAAGGCCGGCCUUUGAGGACAUCUGCAAGACGGCCAUUGCGACGACGACAGAGGGAGGAGGACAGAGUGAGGGUGGUUGUACGAUAAUGUGAGGCGUGUCGGUUCAGCGUUGUCUUUGGCGUGAUUUUAGAUAGCAAAGCCAAUUAUUGUUUGCUCAUGUACCCCCAAAAAAUAGAACCUCGUGCUGGUAGCUGUAAUCGUAAAAGGUCUCAUCAAGCAUUUGCAUCUUCCGCAGCGUCGUCUGCAUUGCCAUUUGCAUUGGCUGAUGGCUCGAACUGGCCCAAGACCUCCAGG